AUGGUCAAGAACAUGCCUGAAUCUUGCUUUGAGCUUUAUUUAAAGGAUCUUGUUGACCAACCUACUAUAGCCUUUGAAUCUCAAAUCAAUAAGGAGAAAAACCAAGUUGUGCAGCAUAGUGUGAAGAUAAAGAGGCAAGAGAGUAGCAACAUGAAUAAGAAGAAUAACAAUCAAAUUAAGAAAGACAAGAUGAUGAGAAGUAAAAAUAUUGAUAAUGGAGGGAUGUUUCUCAAUAUGGUUUCCCCUGUUCCUUUGAGACCAAAGAAGAAAAAGAAGAAUUCAGCAAAUACAACUAAUAAAGUUUCCCCUAAGCCUUAA